AUGCCAGGUUAUGACCCCGUUGACUGGUUGUCCUUUCUUCCUGAAAACCAUUCUGUGGAUUGUGUGUUAGGACAUGGGGCUGUUCUUGGUCGGCAAGUGCAGGCUAUAAAACGUCAGUGUAAGUGCAAGUGGAUUCAGGUCGUUCAUACAGCUCCUGAAGAGCUUGGUAUGUACAAGUCCUAUGCAGAUACCGUUUCAAAAGGUGAGAAAAAGCACGAAGCUGAGGUAAAACUCUGUGAAAAAGCUGAUCAAGUUGUAGCUAUUGGACCCAAGCUGGCUGAAGCUUUCUCAGGUUAUCUCCGUGCCUGUGGAAAGGAUCAAGAUGUUCUUAAUCUUACCCCAGGCAUCUUCUCUGAAUUUUCUGAGGUAAAUCAAGCCACUGAAGAAAGAAAAACAUUCAGUGUUUUAGUGUUUGGACGUGGUGACAAUGAAGACUUUCAGCUAAAAGGAUAUGACAUCGCUGCUCGCGCUAUUGCCGAGUUGAAAGAGGAGCCACAGCCCUAUAAGCUGUUGUUUGUUGGAGCUCCAAGUGGUGAAGAGGAGAAAGUAAAAGAUUUGUUACUCCAGCAAGGCAUUGAUCGCAGUCAACUAACUGUGCGUUGUUUCAAUGAAAGUAGAGAGCAGUUAGCCCGUUUGUUUUGUGAAGUAGAUCUUGCUAUAAUGCCAUCACGAACUGAGGGAUUUGGUCUUGCUGCGCUUGAGGCUUUAUCUGCUGGCCUGCCCGUGUUGGUCAGUGGGAACUCCGGUCUUGCGGAAGCUUUAAAGAAAGUUCCUCAUGGUUCAAGCUGUGUGGUAACGUCAGACGAUCCAAAAGACUGGGCCAGUGCAAUAAGAGCCGUCCGUCACAAAGACAGGGAAAUGCGACUUGGAGAGUUUGACGUUCUGCGUGGAGCAUAUGCAAAAAAGUACAGCUGGAAGGAACAGUGUGAUAAACUUGUUGAAAGGAUGAAAGUGAUCUCUUCAGAAGGUCAGUUAAAAUAAGUGCUAUUGUAUUGCGUCUUCUGUUGCAUAUAUAUUAGACUUAAAAUGAAAUGUACGCUAGCCCGCAAAUAAAGCCAGAUCUUCCAUCGCUCCCUACCACCGGCAAUGUUUGCGGAAGAGAAUGCUGUCUGAGAGGCGGCUGUAUUCGCAGGCUAAAUGUACAUGUAUACAUAAUACUUAUGAUUUAAAUUGCAUUUACAAAGUAAAAACAUGCCGUACGCUCAUUAAACUUGAAAGCAUUCUUAAUACAUGCUCAUUUAGAAGCAGACCUUAUCACAAACAACUGCAGCUACGUUUUGGCAGAAAAAGUUGUGUUAUUAUAACGAUUACUAAACGAGAAUAUUUCGAUAGAGUUCGGCUGGAAGUAAAACGCUGUCUGAAACAUUGAUGGCAGGUUAAGGUGCACUGUACAUGUGCAUUCUCCAGGUGAAAACAAAAACAGGUAAGGUGGCAAAUCUCUGACUGGCAAAAAUAAUUUGAUCAACACGAAACUGAUUUCAUUUCAGACUCAUCAAAAAGACUUCAAUCUUUGGACAAAGGUAAAAGGCCAUUAUCCCCAAGUGAUACCCCAGCUUCAAAACAACCGAGACUGUGGAGAUAUGCAGGUAAACCAUAGGUUAUAUUGUGUUGCUGUAAUAUCUCAUUCAUUAGAGCAUUCAGUCUAUACAUGUAGUGUAGUGCUUUCUUGAUUUAUAUUAUUUCGUUUGGGUAUGAGAGGGCUUGUUCAAGUGUCAUACAUAAAAUCGGGCUUCGUUAUUCAGUUUGUGGGGCUCUUUUAUUACUAUAAUUCUUUGCUAUGUACGGCAGCAUAGCUGAGCAGUGUACCAUGGAAGCUUUUAUUGCCUACAGAAAGUUUCUAAACGAAAGUUGCUCGAGGGGCCUUAGCUAACUGUAAACCCGCCAAGAGCUACAACUAAAGAAAAACCAAACAAAACAAACGGACAAACAAAACUAAGCGGUCUACUUUUACAGGGCGUCAGACCGACUGGCUGAUAAAUUUGACCAGACUUUUCGUUCUCCCGAAACCAUUUAAUAUUUUCGCCCUGUUCACACAGAACUGACGAACCAGGUUGAAUUUUAACUUUUGUCAGGGGUUUUACCAUCUGCUCAUGCGCAGAGAACUCCUAUAGCAAACCCAAACCCGUUACACUGUCACCCAACUGAGUAACCACGCAUCCAUUUAACAGCGCCUUUACCAUAAGAAAAACUUAGACGGAAAUGGUGUUCACACAGCGCAGGUCAAAUUUUAGAGAGUUCCAGCUAAAAAUUUGACCUAGAUUUUGACGUGGAAGUUUUUGAACGGCUAGCCGUCCAAAUUUUCGUACGCUUAAGGUGCUGAUGUGUGGUACUGUUUGAAGUGGAAGGUUUUGAACUGCUAGCCGUCUAAAUUUUCGUACGGUUAAGGUGCUGAUGUGUGGUACUGUUUGUCUCAGGACAAUAUCCUGGACUUUCUUCGUCGUAAGUUUUAGUAAACUGCAGUAAGCAUCUACAAUAAGCUGAAUUGUCUAGCCGGCCUUCGGAGGUUUAUAAACUUUGUUUAUGUUCAAUUCAAGAGUUCACGUCAAAUGAUUCUUUGACUGUUUUUUUUUUUGUCUUUAGGUUGCAGUGGGGAUGAGCAGGAUUUAUCCGUAAAAGCCACUGCGGUUUGUUCAGUUUACGAGAAACCUAUACUUGUCAAUAAACCUCUUCAUAAAGGUACGCUUGAAUCUUAGACUGAACGUCAGCAAUAUACUCGCGAGAACAAAACUUUUUUAAAUGUAUGCUUUUAUGAAACAAUUGUUUCCAACGUAUUCUUCGUUCACUCGGACGAUCGUGCUCAACCUACUUAUUGUGAUGUAUCGCAAUUUGUGCAAUCGUGUCCUGGAAAUGUUGUUUUAUUUUAUGCUUCCUUCUUCUUCCAAUCUCUCCAGUGUCUUAUCAUAUUUAUCGUUAUCUAGAUAAGAUAACAUGUACCUUAUUCUCCUUUAUUUUCGCGGGACUUAAAUUUCGCGAAAAUUUUCUCGGCACAUUUCGCGAGUCUUUAAUUUCGCGAUAGCGGAGAAAAAUUGUGUUUGCAGGGAAUUUAAUUUCGCGAAAUUGACGAUUAAGUGACUUUGUUUUUUCUUUUUUCAAAAAUUUUACGUUAAUCAACAAUUGAAACAAAACCAAUAUGCUGUCCCUGUUGAGGUGAUAUGUGAAAUGGACGAUACACCAAUGAACAGGGCAAUAAUGGAAAGAUACAAGACACUCGUAACUACACACUACAAGGAGCCGGGACAGGAUGGUCAAUUUGACGACUGUACAAAGGAUGUAUUGGAGGAACUGUGCGCAGAUGAUUACUCAGGUGCCGAAGAAGAACUUGAGGCGAAUCUUGACAUUGAUUAACAUCUAAAGUUGAUAGAUGACAGCUCCUUGUACUAACACCUUGUGUUAAAAAUUGUUUAGGACCCUUGAAAACACAAAUACAUGAUUUUCCUAUGUCCAUUAAAUUUCGCGAGAUCAAAGUUCGCGGUCGUUAUGUUUCGCAGAUCUUUAAGUUCGCGAAUUUUUUAAAAUCGCGAAUUUAAGAACCCGCGAAAAUUAAGGAGAAUAACGUAAUAUGAUCUUUUGUCUUGAUUUACCAAUGAAGUACCAAAUCCAUUUGAAGUACAGUGAAUGUCAGGAGAAUAUUAACAGAUUGUUCGGUUUUUUGCUCCUGACAGAUACAGAAAACCUAGGUGUUCUGAAAAUACUCAGAGCUGAAUAUGAGAGACGGGCAAAGUUGAAGCCACUUUCUUGGUUAAACACUAUGCAAUUACCGCUUAAAAACGUCUACACGAGACUGAAGAUUAUCUCAAGAAGAAAAGCAGACUUCCAGGUUGAAAAUGAAGAGUUGGGUAUGUACGACAUCUUCCAGGCCCUUGGCGAAAGUGAGGAUGUCAAAAUGACGUUAGCAGAAGGAAGUCCAGGAACCGGUAAAACUACGUUUUGCCUCAAACUUGCUUAUGACUGGGCACGUGGAGAAAUGCCAACCAAUUGUUCCUUUCCUAAAUUCGAAUUUGUACUGCUCCUUAAAUGUCGAGACAUAAACGGAGAUCUAAUGGAAGCUAUCAAAGAACAACUUUUGCCAGAAGAUAUCAAGGAGGAGACCUGGACAAAGUUGUCUGACUUCAUCACGGAUAUUGAUAACCAGGAGAGAAUUUUAAUUAUUCUGGAUGGUCUGGAUGAGCUCCCUGAAAAGUCACGACCAUGUGUUCGUAAACUCCUCAACAGAAAAAUUUUACCAUUUUGUUAUGUCCUGGCUACAUCCCGGCAGGAAACAGGAAUUGAAGUUCGUAAAAACUGCGAAUUUGAUCUUCUUCUGGAGAUCAAAGGAUUUACAGACGAAGAUGCCUUUCAGUAUAUCAGGAAGCAUUUUCAAAACAUCGGUCCGGAGCAUACUUCAAAAGGAGAAAGUCUGAUAGUGGAAAUUAAGGAAAACGAUUUAUUGAAUGCACUCCGAAAUAACCCGCUAAAUGUAAUCCUUCUCUGUGUUGUUUAUGAGGACUACAAAGGAAAACUACCAACUGCCCAAACUGAACUUUACCAAGUCGUUGUCCAGUGCCUUUUGAGACGUUAUUGUGCGAAACACAACCUUGUGGCCCCAGAAGAUAACAACCCCUUAGAGAAGCAAUUUGAAGAGAACAUUCUUGCCCUUGGAGAGCUAGCUUGGCUUUGUCUACUUAGUGAACGUCACGGGUUUCGUGAAAGUGAAUUAGCCGCACUUGAAAUCAGAUACAAAGGACUGGUAGCUCGUGACAUAGGCCUUCUUUACAAGGAAGAAAGUCUGAGGAGGUUAAAGCCUCAACAUGAGUACUAUUUCCUUCACAAGACCUUCCAAGAGUACCUGGCUGCCGCCUUUAUUGCUCAGAAACUGCGAAAAAACGAAUUAAAUUUGUUUGAGCGUCUGAGUUUUUGCGACCUGGUAUUUAAGUAUCGGGAAGUGUUUCUUUUUGUGUCAGGUUUACUGGAGAGAGAGGCAAGUAUUCUAUUUGCGCAGAUUGGCGAGGAGCUGAAGAACUGGGGGGAUUGGGACUGGGACAGUUGCACACAGUUAGACAUAGUGAACAGUAAAGAAGACUGGUAUUACAACCGUCAACAGCGAGGUGAAUUGGCGGCAAGUUUCUUCGCAGAAAGCUUCAGUGAAACUGGACGAGGUGAGCAAAUGGCAGUCACUCUUUGUUCCUAUAUACCCUUUCCACAGCAUAUUGAGGUCAAUCUCUUUUUGAAACCAAUCAUUGAGAGAAUUAAUGACGCGAGUGGUAAUAUAUUCGAAGUCCUAGAAUCCUGUAACAGCUUUCAAAAUCUACAAAAGCCUGUUGACGUCACCGUUCACGAUUCAUUUGACAAUAAAUGGGAUUAUGAGACUUUUGCAAAGUACAUACAAUCCUGCUCACAGCUUCAGAUUCUUACCCUUUAUAGCCCUGCGGUGACAUCAGACCUGGCUAAAGUCUUACAUAGCGGCCUAUCUGGAAACACGACUUUGUCAGAGUUUACACUACAAGUCUCUGGCAGUAUCCCCUGUGACGCAGCUGUUGUCAUCGGUGAAUGGUUAGCUGCUACUAAAUCUUUAAAGGAAGUAACGUUUCUUCUUGACGUGGUACAGGAUGAGACUUGGGCCAGUGCUAUUGAAACUGGAUUGUGUGCGGACACCGCUUUUACCUCUGUGGUCCUCGAGGUUCGUGGUCCAAUGAGUAACACUGCGAUCCAUGCUUUAGGAAGGCUUUCAUCAAAUGAAGCUAUGACUUCAUUUUCUCUGAAUAAUUAUGGAGAUUUGCAAGAUUUGGCAGCUGCUGUUAUUAGUAGAGGAAUUGCACGACAAACUGCACUCGAGUCGUUUGAUCUAAGUGUUAACGGCAACCUUAGUCUCUCUGGUGCGAAUGUUCUACAAAGUAGUCUUCUAGAAAAUCGCUCCUUAAAUAAUUUAAAACUGUUUGUCCGUGGAGAGAUUCCUGACAACUGGCAAUCUGUUUUGGAAAAUCUUCGUUUGGUAAAGAAGGAGUCAGUUAACUGUGCUUUUCAUCCAGACCCUGGCGGCAGUGUUACGUGUAAUCAAGCGGCGCAUUUUCGUCCUGCUGUGGUCGAGAAUGGGUUGGAAAUAAAACAGCACCUAACUAUAGUCAUUUGGGGAGAGCUGAAGUGUGAUGGAGCAGAAGCUUUAUGUGAGGUAUUGGUGCGUGUCCCCCUGACAAGCCUGACUUUAAAAGUGCACGGAAAAUUAAGUGAUGGUGUUGCUGAUAUUAUUGCAAGAUAUGUCAGGCAACAAAAUACACUAUCCUCCCUAGCAAUCGAUAUUUGGGGAGAGUUGGCCCGAGGGACAGGAACUUUACUUCAGGGCCUAUCAAAUGAAAACGUAACUGUUCAAGUGAAAUUGCAUGAGGUUAGUUUAAAUCCAAAUGAAUCGUUCAGAAUUCCUGAUCUCUUAAUUGAAAGUCCGGCAUCUUUGACACCAGUUUUCUCUGAAGUCAAGAAAACUAGAAAAGAGAAGAUCAAUCUGAGAAUCGUUAACGACGGUGAAGUGACUAAAGACUGGCCACACCGUUUAGGUGAUGCUUUGGCAGAAAACACGACACUAACUGCGCUUGAUCUUACAGUCAACAACUACAUAGAGAACAAAGAGUUGGGGAGAGAACUGGGGACUAGUUUGUUGCAUAGCUGUUCACUGACAGUUUUAAAUCUGGCAAUCAUCAACUACAGUAACAUUGAAGAUGGCUGGGAAUGCACACUGGUCAACAGCUUAGCUAGAAUGGCUUCAUUAACCACACUCAGUCUUGCAAUCGACGAUCGUGGCGAGGUGAGGAAAUUUGAAAGUGAAAAUGACAAUUUGAUGGCGUUGAAGUCCUUGACUAAACUUUCCGUUGUUAUAAAUGGUAGUAAUUUAGAUGAAUUCUGGAGCAACUUUCUUAGAAAAUGUUUGGAAGGAAACACUUCAAUGAAAAAAACUUUGGCUUGUAGCCAACAACGUUGA